GGCACAACAGAACCAAAAACACACAAGAGAGAGAAAGUUUUAGAGAGAUGGAAGUAGGCCAGGUGCUUCACAUGAAUGGAGGAAUGGGAGACACCAGUUAUGCUCAGAAUUCAUUGGUUCAGCAAAAGGUAAUCUCUAUGACAAAGCCAAUAACAGAGGAAGCCAUGACGAAUCUCUAUUGUAGCAUCUCUCCGAAGAGUCUGUCAAUUGCAGACAUGGGAUGUUCUUCAGGGCCAAACAGUCUAUUUGCAGUGUCUGAACUCAUCAGAGCAGUAGAGACAAUUUGUGGGAAGUUAGGCCAUCAAUCGCCAGAAUAUCAGGUGUUCUUGAAUGAUCUACCAGGCAAUGACUUCAACACUAUUUUUAGGUCUUUAACAGGCUUCAAAGAGCAAGUGGAAAAACAAGUGGAAGUCUCCGUAGGGCCAUGUUUCUUCAGUGGAGUCCCUGGUUCUUUCUAUGGCAGACUUUUUCCCAGCAAAGCCUUGCAUUUUGUCCACUCUUCUUAUAGCCUUCAGUGGCUAUCUCAGGUUCCUGAUGGAAUAGAGGGUAACGACGGGAACAUUUAUAUGGCUAGUGAUAGUCCACCAAGUGUACUCCAGGCUUAUUACCGUCAAUUUCAAAAGGACUUUUCCAUGUUUCUGAAGUGUCGGUCCGAGGAAUUGGUACCAGGUGGUCGUAUGGUUUUGACAUUUUUGGGGAGGAGAAGCGAAGAUCCUGCUAGCAAGGAGUGUUGCUACAUUUGGAAGCUUUUGGCCAUGGUUCUCGGUGAAUUGGUCUUAGAGGGAGUCAUUGACAAAGAAAAAUUUGAAUCCUUCAACAUUCCUCAGUAUACUCCAUCCCCGUUUGAAGUGAGAACCGGAAUUGCAAAGGAAGGAUCUUUCUCCAUUGAUCGCUUGGAGAUUUCUGAAGUCAAUUGGAACGCUUAUCACAACGAAUUUAACAUGUCUGAAGCAUUUAAGGAUGGAGGGCACAAUGUUACAAAGUGCAUGAGAGCCGUGGCUGAGCCGUUGCUUGUUGGCCACUUCGGCUUCGGCAGAGCUACCAUCGACCAGGUUUUCUGUCGUUACAGGUCAAUCGUUGCUGAUCGGAUGGCAAAAGAGAAGACAGAAUUUGUCAAUGUGACCGUGUCUAUGACUAAGACAGGGUAAUCUAAGAUCAGUAGGCAAUUAAUAUGGGUGCUUAAUCAGUUUAUUACUGUAGCGAUUAUAUUUCUUUCAGUUUUCUCCUUGUUAUAGGCCAUAAUAAGAAUAUUGCAACAAUAUAGAUGUGCUAUUUUCCA